CGCCGCGAUUUGAAGAUGAAGUGCCCCGCGGCCGCCGCCGCCGCCGCGCUCCUGCCCGCCGAGUGGCAGCUCUACCUGAGCGAGACCCGCCUGGCCACCUACCGCAGCUGGCCCUUCACCGAGGGCUGCGCCUGCACCCCGGAGCGGAUGGCAGAAGCCGGAUUCAUCCACUGCCCCAGUGAGAACGGGCCUGAUGUGGUGCAAUGCUUCUUCUGCUUCAAGGAGCUGGAAGGCUGGGAGCCGGAGGAUGACCCCGUAGAUGAGCACAGGAAACACUCCUCUGGCUGCGCUUUUCUCUCUCUCCAUAAGAACCCUGUUGACCUGACACUGCAGGAAUUCCUGAAACUGGACAAGGAACGAACAAGAAACAUGAUUAAAAAGCAAAUCUCUCAGAAAGUGACGGAGUUUAAGGAAGAAUCACAGCGUGCACGUCGUGAUAUUGAGAAGCUGGUCUCCUAGGCCCCUGCGAUUUGCCUUGUGCAGUGUCUGACUUGUAUAUGUUCUCUAGAGUUGCCUCUUUGUGCCUGGCUGGUGGUAGUUGUUCAGGUCCCUUUCAUGCAAGGAUCAAAGGGAUAUAUACUUAUAAACAAAGGGGGAGAUUUUCAAAAUCACCUAAGGCAUUUAGGACUGCAACUACCAUUGACGUUUGUGUUCCUAAAUCUCUUACAUGACUCUGCAAACCUCCUUUGAAAUUUUCUCAUGUUGACACAUAAAUAAAUGUCUAAAGGAAACUUAAUGCACAAUGAUUUAUUUAACUGCUCAAACUGAGUAUUCUAUAGUGAAGUCUAACAAUCUCUCCUAUUAGAAUAGUUCACACAAUUCAUUUAUUUUAAAAUGUGAAAUAUAAGUUAAUCACAGUAAAUGCUGUCUUAGAGGCACCCCUGCAGAAGUGGGGAAUGAUCCAUUUAAGAUAUUUCCAACAGCAUCCUAAUCUGAAAGGCACAAUUGCUCUCCUUGGGCUCAAUCCUGUAGUUCUUCUAAGGAUAAGAAGAUUACUUGUGAUUUUUGAUAUCAAAAGGUGUCAGCUACUUGCUUGAUUCAAAGCCACUUGGAGUCGGUUUAAAAAAAAAAAAAGCCUUGGCGAUACAGUUUUUUAAAAACAAAAAAACCCACUUUCUUCCAAA